GCCGCGGAGUGCGGGACGCCUUGCGGGCUUUGUCGCUGGUCCUGCGGGCGGGCGUCCCGGGUUCGCGGCGGGGCGCGCCGUCUUCUCGCCGCCGGGCACCGGGUUCUGAUGCAGGAACUGGUGAGAAGGUGACUCUGGAGUCUGAAUUUCUGAGAAUGGAAAUCCGCCAAGGACAAUGUCACAAACACUCACAGUGAUGGAGACUCCUGCCCCCGAGUCUGGGGACGUCCCUGCACCGGGAUUAGGAGGGCUGUUGGGAAACCUGGAAGGGCAGAGCCCCCCGUCUCGGGAGGGAGGUUUCAAGCAGGUGACAGUUACUCACUGGAAGGUCCAAACGGGAGAGGCGGUCCAGGGGGGCGGUGAGUGCAGGGGCAGCCCUGUUCUGCGCUCAGACCUCCGCAUCCUUCAGAGGGAGCUCAUGGAAGGGGAAGCCCACCCUUGUGGGACUUGUGGCAGAAGCUUCCCGUUUAUUUCGGACCUCAUUAGACACCAGGUUUCCCAUGCUGCGGAGAAGCCUUACAGAUGUGACCAGUGUGGGAAAGCCUUCAGCCAGAGCUCCCACCUUGUUGAGCACCAGAGUGUUCACACCCGAGAAAGACUCUACGUGUGCAAUGCUUGUGGGAAAGACUUCACUCACUAUGCAGAUCUCAUCGAGCAUCAGCGAGCACACGCAGGAGAAAAGCCGUUCAAGUGCGCUCAGUGCGGGAAAGCCUUCUGUCACAGCUCAGACCUGAUUCGACACCAGCGCGUCCAUACCCGGGAGAGGCCUUUUGAAUGCAAAGAAUGUGGGAAAGGCUUUAGUCAGAGUUCAUUGCUCAUUCGACAUCAGAGGAUUCACACAGGAGAAAGGCCCUAUGAGUGUAACGAAUGCGGGAAAUCCUUCAUUCGGAGCUCAAGCCUCAUUCGACAUUAUCAGACCCACACGGAAGUGAAACAGUAUGAAUGUAAGGAAUGUGGGAAGGCCUUCCGUCAUCGCUCGGACCUCAUCGAACAUCAGAGGAUCCACACUGGAGAGAGGCCCUUUGAGUGCAACGAGUGUGGCAAAGCCUUCAUCAGGAGCUCAAAGCUCAUCCAGCAUCAGAGGAUCCACACUGGGGAGAGGCCUUAUGUUUGCAACGAGUGUGGGAAGCGCUUCAGCCAGACGUCAAACUUCACUCAGCAUCAGAGAAUUCACACUGGAGAGAAACUCUACGAAUGCAAUGAAUGUGGGAAAGCCUUCUUCCUGAGUUCAUACCUUAUUCGGCACCAGAAAAUUCACACUGGAGAGAGGGUCUACGAAUGCAAGGAGUGUGGCAAAGCUUUUCUGCAGAAAGCUCAUCUCACCGAACAUCAGAAGAUCCACACGGGGGACAGGCCCUUUGAGUGUAAGGACUGUGGGAAAGCCUUCAUCCAGAGCUCCAAGCUGCUGCUGCACCAGAUCAUUCACACGGGAGAGAAGCCCUAUGUGUGCAGUUACUGUGGGAAAGGGUUCAUUCAGAGGUCAAACUUCCUUCAACACCAGAAGAUUCACACUGAAGAGAAACUGUACGAUUGUAGUCAGUAUGGGAAAGAUUGCCACUCUAAUCCAAACUUUAAAAAUAACCAAGGUGUUACUCAAGAGGGGCUUCCCUUGAGUAAGACCCCCGCACAUUUGGGUGAGAAAUCUGUAAGUCAGGGGGGUCGUACAGAUGACUUGUAAUUAUGCUCCAAGUCAGUGAUGUUUGCCAGUGGGUGGCAUAAGCGUAGUGGCUCACGUGCCUUUGGCCAUGUCAGCCUUUCCCAGAGUCACGGCUGGGGCUGCUUUAGGAGUGGGCUGCCGCCUGCGUGUGCAGCCAUGCUGGACUGACCGGCCAGGAACCUGUGUCCUCGGGAGAGCUACCUGAAGACAGCUGACUGAGCUGGGACAGUUUGGGGCCAGGAGCUAGGUCUCUAGAUGUUCCUGCACAAUUACAGUUCACCCCUGGGCUACGUCCCCUUUAGAGGAGAACUGUGUCCGCUCGUUAAACGUGCGAUGGAGCGAUUUAGAUCUGUCCAAAGAGGCACGUCAGAGAGCCGCAGGGGGGUUCCCUGUGGUCCGUGGGCACAUUCUGAGCUCCCUCCCUGCAUCCUAAGUUCUGCUUCCUGGAGCCUCGUCUCCCACCGCCUCGCUCAGUGCUGCAGCAGCACUGACGGACGUUCCCGUAUCCCAGCUGUCCCUGCGCCCUGGCCUCCUCGUUUGAAUGCUCUCCCUCUCCUGCCCUGGCUACUCAUCACCCAGAGACCAUCCAGGCAUCACGUCAGGCUCAGCCUCUUCACCGCGGGGCUGCUGUCACCCCUCCGCACCUGUUCCUGCAUUGACUCUGACAUGUAAGAAUUGUGUUCUUCUCUAUGUCUCAUUAUUGCACUGCUGAUUCCUUGUGGACACAGUUACUUCUGACUGGUUUACGUGUCCCUGGUGUCUAGCGCAGGACAAUAAAAAAGCCCGCCCCCUCUCUGUGUACGUGGUGCCUCUCCGGCUGUGUCGCUUUUUGCUGCUAUUUUAAAACACCUGGAUUUUGUCCUUGCUUUGUGCAGUGUCAUCUGCUGGGCUGCUGGGAAGACCUGCUCAGCCUCGUCCAUGUCUUCUGCUCGGCCUCCAGCCCGAAGUCUCAGGUGGCGGCCAGUGUGAGCCCCGUGCCCUCGCAUUGCUGCUGUCAGAGCUCGGCCAGGGCCACGCACUGGCUUUGGGGGGCACGGUCUUCACUUCGUUGUCUGUGCGUCUUUCUGGUUCACCCCAGGGCACCGAGUCCCAGCACAGGACAUAACUUCCGCCUCUGAGCAGUCCAGGGCUGAACUCAACCCUUCUCGCCCUUUUCUACUCGCUGGCUCCUCCUGUCAAUCACUCGAAAGCAUUUCAACCUGUAACAACCAGUGGUCAGUCCUGGGAAGACGCAUGGGUCCUGAGGUCAUUCCACGUCUAUAGGGAAGCCAGGGCACCACACAAUGAGCGACGUGUGGAGACAGACACGUGUUCCUGGCCGUGUGGGAGCGUGGCCUUUGAGCUGGUCCGCGGAGAUUAGACAUUGUCAGCUGGAGAAGGUGGAAUGAAGGGAAUCGAGCAGAAGCGGGGAGUUGAUUACACAUCGGACACCUGGCUAGUGAGGCCAUUGGUUGUUGCCUCUGAAUUUCCUUGAUCUAAACAUUAACCAAAACCCCUACUUGUGAAAUUAAGUUUUGCCCAUGAAGUCAUUUUGAGUUAACAAAUGUCAGCAAUCCUAGAAGCCCCAAGGGAGUAAGUACCGUAGUUUUAAAAGGGCUGCAGUCCUCUCCGGAGAGCUCACCACCUGACGUGCGGACUCGGGUGUUAGCGGGUCAUUUUAACCAACUUGGUUGCGGUCCCGUUUCCACACAGCACGAACACCGAUUUCAAGUGCACAGAGUUUUAACGUGCGCCGUGUCCCACCGCCAUAACCGGGAAGUAGCCUUCCUAUCGCCCAGAGGGUUCCCUUCGGCCGUUUCUGUUACUCCCAGCCCAGCCCCAAACAUCCGCGGUCGGUCUGUCGGCGCAGGUAAGCUUGCUUGUUCUGGGACUCGAUAGGAGUGGAUGCCUACGGUAUGUGAUCUUGUGUGUCUAACUCCUCUCCAGUUUGGCAUGUUUUAAAACUCAACCCAGCGUAGUUUCUAGCUGCAGUAGCUCUUCUCUUUGCUGAGUCAUGUUCAAUUGUAUAAACCAUCAUUUAUUAUUCAUCUGUUGUUACAAAUUUGAGUUUCCAGCUUGGACUGUUAAGAAUAAAACUGAUGAACAUUUAUGUACAGG